CAGACUCAGGCUCACAGAGCCAGACUACAGUAUACAUGCUACACGGGGGAUCUUUGUGUCUGGAACAGGUGUGGGCAAAUUUUGUCACUCGCGGGCUACAAUGGGUUCUAAAAUGUGACAGAUUGGCUUGGGCCAGGAACAGAUGGAUGGAGUAUUUGUGUGAACUAAUAUAAAUAACUUCUAAAAAUCAUCACAUUGAAAGGAUUCGGCUUUUAACAGGUAGCAAAACAUUUAUUUGCAAGGCAAUUUACCAAAUUGCACGAACGUGAACGAUACAAAAACAUGUCGUGACGUGACUGAUCAAACAUCGUGAAAACAUCUGAGGCCUUGCGCCCAAACCAAUGACCUCACUUGAACUUCAUUUAUUAUCUACAUUAGCAGGUUACAGCAGGCUGUGUGUCGGAGAUUUGGCUCCAACCUCGGCUGUAGCAACACAUCGUCGCUUUCACUUUCAGUGGGAACAGUGUUUGUUGAUCUCCCACUGUUGCCAGUGCCAUCCAAGUCUUGGAGUUAUAUUUUGGUUGUGGCAAUUCUCAGGACAGGUCCGAGGUGCCGAUCCGUUAACUUUGAUGGGCGAUGGGCCUCUGUUGGCGUUCACGACGCUGAAUGUCUGCUUCACGCGCGCGACCGGUUUGGAUCAGCUGGUGGGGAUGGGCCUGGUCGGGGUGAGCGCCGUGGUCUUCAUCUACUACAGCGUGUGGGUGCUGGUGCUGCCGUUUGUGGACGAGCUGCAUCCACUGCAGUCCCUCUUCCUGCCGAGGGACCUCGCCCUGCUGGUGCCUGCAGCUGCCCUCUUGCUCGUCAGUGCUGGACUGGGGCUCUUCAUGAUGGCCGUGCGAUGGAAAAACCAUCGCAGCAAGAAAUCCGCAUGAGCCAUCACGCUUUUCAACAUACACACAGACACGCACAGACACACACACACACAGACACACACUCACACACUAACACAACAACAACAACCGCCAUUCGCCACUAAGUGGCGGUGACGUCACCACGACGCUUGUGCCAGGCCAUGUGCACCUUGUGGCCACACACACACACACGUACACACGCACACACACGCACACACACACAGGCACACACACACGCACACACACACACGCACACACGCGCACACACGCAUUCUCUGCUAUUUUGACUAACUACGAAUUUUUAAAUUUUGAGCGUGCAAGGCCCGUUUAGCUCUCUGCCAUCACUCUUUUCGUAAGCCACGUGGCCAUCGCAAACGAUAUCCUCAACGACGUGGGAUCAUCGUCAUCAUCGUCGUCAUCAUCGUCGCCGUCGUCAUCGUCGUCAUCAUCAUCAUCGUCAUCAUUGUCGUCAUCGUCGUCAUCAUCGUCGUCAUCACCGUCGUCAUUGUCGUCGUCAUCAUCGUCGUCGUCAUCGUCGUCAUCGUCGUCAUCAUAGCAGUGCGGCAAUGACGAGCGGCAGCGGAUUACCCCGAGCGGACGACGUCGGAGGGAAAAUCCGGAGGGACCCGGAGAAAAAUCUUCGCGGCCACGGGGAGAAAGGAGGAGAGAGAGAGGGGGGAG